GGAGGGAAACGGCGCCACCGCGCGAAAGGAACCGGUGGCAGCUUGGUUCCUGCGCGGAUGCUGGGGCUGUAGGCGCCGAGCUUUCAGCUGGUUGCAGCUCCCAGGGAGGAAGACGCCGGGGCUCGCCUUCCCUACGCUGCCUCCGCCACUGCCAUGAUUCCGGUGUCGCUGGUGGUAGUGGUGGUGGGUGGCUGGACUGCCGUCUACCUGACCGACUUGGUGCUGAAGUCAUCUGUGUAUUUUAAGCAUUCUUAUGAAGACUGGUUGGAAAACAAUGGAUUGAGCAUCUCCCCAUUUCACAUAAGGUGGCAAACUGCUGUUUUCAAUCGUGCCUUUUACAGUUGGGGACGGCGGAAAGCGAGGAUGCUUUACCAGUGGUUCAAUUUUGGAAUGGUGUUUGGCGUAAUUGCUAUGUUCAGCUCUUUUUUUCUCCUGGGGAAAACGCUGAUGCAGACUUUGGCACAAAUGAUGGCUGACUCACCCUCUUCUUAUUCUUCUUCCUCUUCUUCCUCUUCCUCUUCUUCCUCUUCCUCUUCUUCCUCUUCUUCCUCUUCAUCAUCUUCCUCUUCCUCCUCUUCUUCCUCCUCCUCCUCACUUCACAAUGAACAAGUGCUACAAGUUGUGGUUCCUGGUAUCAAUUUACCUGUCAACCAACUGACCUAUUUCUUCGCUGCAGUUCUCAUUAGUGGUGUUGUACAUGAAAUUGGACAUGGGAUAGCAGCUAUUAGGGAACAAGUUCGAUUUAAUGGCUUUGGGAUUUUUCUCUUCAUUAUUUAUCCUGGAGCAUUUGUUGAUCUGUUCACCACUCAUUUGCAACUUAUAUCACCGGUCCAGCAGCUAAGGAUAUUCUGUGCAGGUAUCUGGCAUAAUUUCGUCCUUGCGCUCCUAGGUAUUUUAGCUCUCGUGCUCCUCCCUGUAAUUCUCUUGCCGUUUUACUACACUGGAGUUGGGGUGCUCAUCACUGAAGUUGCUGAGGACUCACCUGCCAUUGGACCCAGAGGCCUUUUUGUGGGAGACCUUGUCACCCAUCUACAGGAUUGUCCUGUUACUAAUGUACAAGAUUGGAAUGAAUGUCUAGAUACCAUCGCCUAUGAGCCCCAAAUUGGUUACUGUAUUAGUGCAUCAACUUUACAGCAGUUAAGCUUCCCAGUUAGAGCAUACAAACGGCUAGAUGGUUCGACUGAAUGUUGUAACAAUCACAGCCUCACAGAUGUGUGCUUUUCCUACAGAAAUAACUUUAAUAAGCGUUUGCAUACAUGCCUACCCGCCCGGAAAGCAGUUGAAGCCACACAAGUUUGUAGAACCAAUAAAGAUUGUAAAAAAAGUUCAAGUUCCAGUUUCUGUAUAAUACCUUCUUUGGAAACUCAUACUCGCUUAAUAAAAGUGAAACAUCCUCCUCAAAUUGAUAUGUUGUAUGUAGGUCAUCCACUGCAUCUUCAUUACACAGUGAGCAUCACCAGUUUUAUCCCACGCUUCAACUUUCUAAGCAUAGAUCUGCCUGUGGUUGUGGAGACAUUUGUCAAGUACCUGAUUUCCCUCUCAGGAGCUCUGGCUAUUGUUAAUGCAGUGCCCUGCUUUGCUUUGGAUGGUCAGUGGAUUUUAAACUCUUUCCUAGAUGCCACCCUUACCUCAGUGAUUGGAGACAAUGAUGUCAAAGAUCUGAUAGGAUUUUUCAUCUUGCUUGGUGGCAGUGUACUUUUGGCUGCCAACGUGACCCUGGGACUCUGGAUGGUUACAGCACGGCUAUUGGAGCUGUGGAGACCAUAUUGCAGCCAUUAAGCAGUAGAGAAAAGCAAACAUGCUGAGAACGGCAACAUAUGGGAAUGGAAAGAGCCUGGGUCACUGACAGCACUGUUUAGCUCAGGAUGACCAUCUACCUCUAAACUUGUUAGUACAGCUAGAGGGUCUUGAAGGGCAGAGGAAAUUCUUUCUCCCCAACGGUUGGCACAUUUCGCAGUAUACUCUCUACUCGUUGGACACCUCUUGACCUGACAUUGCUGCAGUUGAGAGAUCCUUGGGACAAUGACAUUCAGCUGGCAGCAGGUGAAAUUUCUUACCAGGUGAAAUUCCAGCCUCCUGGAAUGUCUGUGUGUGGAGGCAAAUGGAGCCAGAGUGAAAUGCCUCUUAUUUAAAACCUGAUUGCUUAAACCAUAGGCCCAACUUUGAGAACACAGCUGCAUCACUGUCUCCUGAAAUGGGUUUAACUGAACUGACUUAUUGCAAGGACUGGUCCACCAAGACAGAAUGAUCUACCUGCUCAACUUUUAUACGUGAAGCUUAAGGGAAGCGUCAGAGGAGGGAACUACAGGGGCCAAGGGCAGUACACUCCGAGAUGGCCCACUCUGACAUGAACAUUAUUUCAAGUCAAAAGCAAUCAAAACCCAGCAGGUUACAGAGCCCCUGUGAGUGUGAGCUCAUCACAUGGCUGCCCACCAAGAUACUACAUUUCUCAGUCUCCCUUGAAGUAUGCUCCACACGGAGCCCAAUGUGGGGCUUGAGCUCUUGACCCCGAGAUCAAGACAUGAGCUGAAAUCAAGAUUUGGACUCUUAACCAGUGGAAUCACCCAGGUGCCCCUAAACUGACUUCUCUUAGUAUCCACAAUUACUGAAGCUGAGAUCAAGGAACUGACACAGGGCAUUGGCCGAAAUCUUCCACCCAGAAGCCCAACUCCUCCCAGGAUGAGGUAGGCUUUGAGCUGAGGUCAUACGGGUGUCAAAGUUGGCAGUGAAGGUGCGCUAGGACCUGGAGGCCUGGUAGAGUGGCUGGAUAGGGCACAGACCUAUUGGGGAUUUUGAUUAAAUCUGUGAGCAAUGGGCUGAAAGUAUCAAAAAGGAGACCUUCCUGUUUUCCUCACCCCUGCACUUGAAAAGGCAGACUGUUUCCCUUAAGUCAAGCCUGCCUGUUGCCAAGAGAUUCAAGCAUGUCUUAGACACUGCUGUGUCAUAUAUGCCUCAGGAGCAUGAGGUUUUUGUCCUUCUUCUUUUUAACAUUCUGUUUUCUGUGCAGUCACCAUUUGAUAACCUUAUUUUGAUAAUAAUUUUAACAGAAAAGUUGCAGAAAGAGUACAAGGAGUUCUUGUUUAUCUUUACCUAGUUUCAACCAUCAUGGAUACUUUAUCCCAUUUGCUUUAUCGUCUCUCUCUUUCUCUGCAUAUAUAUAUGCAUACACAUAUCUAUACAUGCAUAUGUAAUUUUUUUUCCAAACCAAGAGUUAGUCAGAGACAUUAUGCCCCUUUACCCAAAAGGCUUCAGGGUGUAAUUCCUAAGAACAAGGACGUUCUGUUACGCAACCGCAGUGCACUGAUCAAAGUCAGGAAAUUGAACAUUGCUACAAAGCUAUUUCCACAGUCCUCGUUCCACUUUUGUCAAUUGUUCCAAUAAUGUCUCCUAUGGCUAUUUUUCUUUCCUGCUCCAGGAUCCAAUCCAGAAUCACACAUUGCGAUUUAGUUGUUAUAUAUUCUUAGUUUCUUUUCAUCUGGAACAGUUCAGUUCCUCAGCUUUUCUUUGUAUUUCUUGACCUUGACAUUUUUUGAAGAACAUGGGCAAUUCAUUUUGUGGAAGGUCCCUUAGUUUGAAUUGGUCUGAUGUUUCAUCAUGAUUAGAGGAAGGUUGUGCAUUUUUGGCAAGAAGACCUCAGAAAGGAUGUUGGGUCCUUCUCCGUAUACCGCAGCAGGAGGCACGUGAGGUCAGGUUUACCCAGUCAACAAUAUUACCUUUACUUUGUAACAACAGCAGAACGUUCUUUUAGCUUUAUUCUUCUCAUUUGGCAGGUAUCUUACAUUGCAGUAUGAUUUUCUGUUUUGCACAGGCAUAAUAAUGUGAAGUUUAUAUUUUUGAUUAAUUGCAAAUAACCAAAAUGCAAUAAACUGGUGUUUUUUGUUUUUUGUUUUUUUUUUUAAGGAAGCAUGUUUAAAAUAAUAUGUGUUAGGGGCGCCUGGGUGACUCAGUGGGUUAAGCGUCUGACUUCGGCUCAGGUCAUGCUCUCACGGUCUAUGAGUUCGAGCCCCACGUUGGGCUCUGUGCUGACGGCUCAGAGCCUGAAGCCUGCUUCAGAUUCUAUGUCUCCCUCGCUCUCUGUCCCUCCCCCGCUCAUGGUCUGUUUCUGUCUCUCAAGAGUGAAUAAAUGUUAAAAUUUUUUUAAAAAAAUGUGUUAAUGUUCACUUGUGGGGUUUUAAUGUCAACUGGUAUACUUAGAUUGAAACCAAAUCUAUUUCAGACAAAAACGAGAAAACUAUAUAUUUGUAAUUAAUUUUGAGAAUAUGCAAGUUAAGACUAAAAAAAAACUUCCUGACACAAUGAACAUAUUUGGAAAAUAGUAACAUCAAUAUAUCCUUAGAGUGUUAGACUUUUAUGAUUAACAUGGUGAUAUGCCAGGCAAUACAUAUAAAACCAGAAGAAACGUAUGACUUAGUGGGGAGGAGUGAAUUAUCAUCUACAAUGCACAUCUUAAGAGUAACUGCUAUAUAACAACUUUAGGCAGAUUCUCAGAGCCUGACAGAAGGGGGGUCAUGGGACUGGUGUCAAGGGGAAGAAGCUGAAAAUGGAGCCAAAGAAGAUUUUAAAAUCAGAGCUGUGUCAACAUGCAUAAAUUCACUUGCUUUGAAGAAGCUGCAAUGGGAUUCAGGAACCGGUAGUUACUGUUGCUGAGCAGUGUGACUCCGAGUUUAUAAAAGCUCUGCUGCAGACGUCCAAGUUGGCCUGACUACGAAGAAGCAGGUGGACUCAUGUGAAGGAACACAUCUGGAGCGGAACAGGCGGUUCUCCUCUCCUGGCAGCGACGGACAGCGUGCAUCACGGGGAGCCGCGUCGGACAGGACCCCGCGUAGGACUGGGCCUGUGGGAGGGGCUUUAGGGGAGUGUUUAAGGAAGCCAGGUGAUCUCUGGAUUGGAUGCUGGCUGGAAGUGAGGGAUUUCCACGGUCGGGGGUCUUCAUGCAUCUUCUGGAGAAGCAGGGAAGACCAGAGAAAGGCUGUGAUGGGUAAAGGAGCAGCAGUCACUCCUAUUGGCCAGGAUUCGGGGAUGUGUGGAGACUGUUGUGGUUUGGACAAGGUUCACUUGUUCUCCGUGUUCGGACAGGAUUACAGAGUGGUCUUGUUUUUGUCUUGUCCCAUCCUGGUCACAGAGCGGCCUUGUCUGAUGUUGGUGUUCUUAGGAAUUAUUUAUGUUCAUCGGAAGAUGGCCCGGGCCAGUUCCCAUAUGGCAGGGGCUGCUUUUCUGUGUCAGACUUCACUUUCAGCCAAGAGCAGACAAGGUCAGGCCAGAGGAUAUGAAUCCCUGAUAUCCACAUUUUCACCAUCGCCAAGAUUUUGAUUAGGAGGUUGUUUCAAGAGUGCAGGCAGUGGGGGGCUUGGGUGGCUUAGUCGGUUAAGCGUCUGACUCUUGAUUUCAGCUCAGGUCAUGGUCUCACGGUUGGCGAGUUGGAGCUCUGUGAAUUCGUGGGGCUCUGCGCUGGUGGCUUGGAGCCUGCUUGGGAUUCUCUCUUACCCUAUCUCUCUGCCCCUCCCCCACUCGUGUAUGUGCGAAGUCUGUCUCUCCCUCAAAAAUGAAUAAAUAAACAUUAAAAAAAAGGGUGCAGACAGUAGUUUGGUAAAUUUCUCCUGCUUUUCUGUUGCAGGAUAUGUUGCUGAAUUAUCUGGUGUGACAAAAGCUGCACAGGAUACACUGGUCAAUUGUAACACAAACAAUUCCCACAAACAAAAUGAUUAUUCAUCCUGUAACAGGACUUAUCCUGGCCUCCAAGCCAGGGGCCUAGCUUAUAAAACCCAGACAAUGAGAACACAUUCCAGAAUCCAAAUAGGUACUCACAGCCCAGUUGGAGACGUUUAAAGAGGCCUCAAGACCUUGGUUCCUGUUCAUGACCUACCUUUAAUAAUCUUGCCAGGAUUCUGUCAUUGGUAGGUAAUACACUACAUUGUGAGCAUCUUUACAAUAACUCCUAAAAUUACCUCAACAAGAUGGCUCCAUUUCAAGGCCCAUUUAUCUCUGAUGUUGCGCUAACGUCGCCAAGCAUUGUUGUUAAACUACACGUUUGUUACAGCUAUCCUAUGAGCUAAUGGCAAAGCAACUCAAGGAAUUUCAUUUCUAUUUCACACCUUGCACAAGCAAGGUGAGGCACUUACACUGGCCACUGCUGCCUGCACCACAGGACACAAGCUGCUGAGCAGGACUGGCUACAUAAUUUGCAGGCUCAGUGCAAAAGGAAAACACGGGGCCCCUUGUUCAAAAUUACUACGAAUUUCAAGAAAGUGAGAGCAGAGAAACCAAGUGCAGGGCCCUUCUGAGCAUGAGGCCCUGUGCCAACGCAUAGGUUACAUGCCCUAGAGGCCCACCCUGCCACUGACUGGCAAGCGGCCCACUUGAGACCUUUGGAGUCCUACUGAUCCUGCAGUGUGACAAGGGACAACUGUAUCCCCCUGACCUGACUCCAGAGGAGUGGCAAGAACUGGAGAAUAUCCCAGGAUGAAAGCAGGAACUGCAGACUAAGCUGUAGAGACUGAAGGCAAUUCCUGUGGAGCUUCCGGACGACCAGAGACUCACAGAAGACUGAUGGGAUGAUGGAGUCAUCUGCCUAGUAAUACUGUCAGUGGAAUAAAGGAGGGCUUCAGUGCGCAGAAAUUGAUGUUCUCUCCUUUGCCACAUCGUGUUGAACACCAGCCAUAAGCCCCAACUCAAAGACAAGCCCACAACGGAAAGGUUCACUGCCUCGAACAGAGGCAUCCGAAAUGGUGGAGCAACUCUGAAAUCUGUAAUUAAAUCAACAUUAACAGCCUUAUCCUCCGACUUGCUUCUCCACCAUUCCCAUUUUUCAUGCAAACGCA